AUCAAGGCAAUCAUCUAAMUCAUCAACACCUGAUAGUCACAAAGAACCCUUACAAGAACAUAAAGAAAUAGAUAAUGGCACUGAAUGUAGGAAUGGUACUGUGUUAAAACAGGAUAGCGAAGAUGGAAGACGUAACUACAAGCARGAGGAGAGRUUAGAAUCUGACAUUGAUGUUGACGAAGARGUUACYUCACCAGACUCUGAGUUAGCAGUAGAUGUUGUAAAUAGUCCUGGUUGUAUGUCUGAUACUAGCGAGUCUAGAUCAGAUACCAGGUCGGAUUUUGGUACAGAYGAAGCAUUUGAAUGUACAGUGGGAGAUAAAAUACAGGUUAAAUAUGGUAGAGGAAGAAAUAGAAGACUUUAUGAAGCAAAGGUUGUCACAGUUGAUCCUGACGCUGAAGAAGGCCUUUUAUACCUUAUUCAUUACACUGGCUGGAAUACCAGAUACGAUGAAUGGAUCAGCCCAGACCYUAUACUUGGCAAAAGCACUAAAGUUUCAAAAAAGAAAGGCCCAGCUCCAAAAGAAGUUCAGAAAAAUAAACCUACACCAAAACUGCAAGGUAAGCAGUUAGUACGUUCACAGAGUAAAAGAGGAACAAAGAGCCCCUCACCAGCCAGCCCUGGGGCUAAACCUAGUGAUGUUAAACCCACUAAUGGUAACAAGACRUCACAUCGGGACUCUCCACCACUUGAACAUGCACCUUCUCCAACAUCAAUGAAGCAAACAACAAAAAAUGGUACAACUACACGGAGGACACGGUCUGAUAGAAACUCUUUCUCUUCAAAUGGAUUAGAAGAAGCUGUUAAAAGUCCACCUUCUAAAAGAAGACAAAAAUCUUUGACUCCUGAACCAGAACUAUCUAAGACUUCAGAAAGCUCUAAAGAAAACCAGGUAUGUGUGCCAACAAGUGAAGGAUCUAGUGGAGCUCAAAGCAGAGUCAAUGAGGCUACUGAACCUCUAYUUAAAGAAGAAAAGUCUGAAASUCUUGAUAACGACUGUGAAGAAUCCACCAAUGAAAAGGCUGAGUCCAAGUCAAAUGAACUUGUAAAAUGUCAUGAAAAAGUAAAUUAUAAUUCUAAACUAAGACCAUGGUCGAAACUUCCCAAUGGAAUUAUCAACUACAGCAGUUCUUCAGAAUCAGGKAGUCCUGAGCARUUGGCUGCUGAAAUUGAUGUAGAACCUUCUWCUAAGAAYGUUAAAGUUGAAAAAGAAAUUGACAAGGAAGAAAUUGAGAAAUUAUUGAAUGCAGAYGUAGAGGGAAAAGAGCCUAUAUCAGCUCCACAUUCACAAGGAAGCUGCACUUCAGACACCCAGAGUGGAAACUCAAGCUCGACACAUGAAGACAGACAGAAGASCUCUUCACCAGUGGAUAGUGAGCAGAAAGCYAGUUCUUCUGACAYCAAUGGAGGAAAUAAGUCYAAUUCUUCAGAAGGUGAAAAUAGCAAAGAAGAGAAGUCAGAUAACAAGGAGGAAACCAAAASUGAGAAGAAAGAAAAUGAUCGUGGKAAAAGACACCGCAAGAAGAAAGAAAGAAAACGACAGAGACAACAUUCCAUGAAUGAAAAUAGUAAUGAUGGAUGCAGUUCUAAUGCAUCUCCAUCCUCGAAGUCAUCUCCCACUAGACCUAAAAUAUGUUUUAAUGCUGACCUAGAGUCAAUAAAGUCAAUGGAAGAUGGCUCAGAYCGCAUACGUCUCUUACAAUUGAAAAUCAAUGAAAUGAGAAAAUUAUAUGGGUCCCUAAAAGCUGAGGUAGCAAGCAUAGAUAGAAAACGAAAGAAGUUAAAGAAAAAGAGAGAAGAGAGUGGCUCUCAUGAUAGUAAAUCUACUUGUGUGUCAUCAAGUCCUGCUACCGUGGAGUGUAGAUAGUAAGGUCUGAUUUCAAUCCAUAUGCAAUCCAAAUCUUAAUUUAAUAUGUAACUCUAUUAUAAUCCUACAUAGUAUUCCGUAAGGAAUCCUCUUGUAUCAAAAUAUGUAGUAUAUAAUAUUAGUUUUUGAAGGUAAAAGGGAAAGCUUUUUUAAAAAAAGGUUCAUGUACUUUCUACCUUUCAAAAAAACUUGAAAAUCUCAAAUAUUCAUAAUCUUAUCAUCAAAAUUAUCAAAAURAGCCCGAUGCAAUCAUGAUAAUAUCUAAUUUUUUAAGUCCAUGUAUAAAGGUGUAUUUGGUGUCAAGACUUGUAAAAUGUGUGCCAUUGUUUUUAUUGAUUUUUUUCAAUUAUGUUAGAUGGAAGUCAGUUUUCAAGACCAUAUUUUUCCGAGUUUUAAUUAAARAGUGAACUAAGCUAGCCAAAAAUAGAGAAUUCAUAUAAUGCAUCCUUUUCAAUCAGCGUUGUUGCCUAAAAGCAGAAAAAGUAAGCUCAAAGAGUAUCAUGGGAAAUGACAUUUUUGCAGUGUUUGACCCAAAUUUGUGGUCUCCCUGUGGACGGCCCGACAAGUUUUAUGAUUAAUGUAUACUUUUCGCUAAAUUUUSUUUGAAAUUGGCUAUUUUGUGACURUGAAAAGGAUAACAAUAUUUAUUAAAUUAUUCCAAAUUUGUAAAGCUCUACUUUGACUGGCUAAUUGAUUGGUUAAUGUAGUUUUAGCACUAUGAGAGCUAACUAUUCCAUUUUUACCAUAUCACUACAGCAAUGCAAAAGUACCUAAGAUUUUCAGAUUAUGUUAUUCAACUUGGGUCAUAGCUGUUGAGAAUGGUUAUUCAUAGCUUUGUACAUCUCACCUUCCCUUACAAAGACCAAGUCUGAUGUAGCUAGCUGCAUUAAGUGCAUCACUGGGUACAGUUAAUCAAGGUUUAUUAUAUUGCUUAUAAUUGGUACUGUGUUUGAUUGCCUAUAACCCAUGGUMAAGGUUUACAAGUCGGCUCCAGUAAAAAAGUAGUGGCAACGUGAAUUGUUUUCAUUGACAUUGUAAAGCUAUGAUGAUCCAUUCUCAUCGGCUAUGUAUAUAAUACCCACGUGUUGUGAACAGCCAUGUAUUAUUUAUUUAAAUUUGUGAGGUAAUGUUUCGGGUUACUCAGCUUUAUCACAACCAUUCUUUUUAAACUCUUUUCUAAUACCAAGUCGAAAUCUUUUGUGCUUUUAUCAUUUUUAAAAGUGUAUUUUUUGCGAAAUAUAUAUAUAUCCCCAUAGAUUAUAAAUAUGUGUAUAUGUAAUUGAUAAAUUGUCCAUUUAUUUAUUUCAUUGUAUUGCUAGAAAUAACUUAGCAUUAGACAUGUGUCAUUUAUUGGUGAGACUAUUAUGACCUAGUAGUAUAUGGAUUGCAAGUGAUUGGCGAUUUUGUAAACCUAUGUAGUGCCUCUUGGGUCUGAAGAGCAUGUAAGGGCGCGCUUGUGUAGAAUGUCUAUACAUAAAGACCGUGCGAGUAGAGUACACAGGAAUCUCAAUUCUUUUCGCKGUCUCCUUGGCAGCUUUAAGGUAUCACGAAACUGAUAAGUGGCUGCGAAAAGUCUACAGUAGUUUUCGAGGCUUUCAAUAAAGGCUGGUCACUUAAUAUAGAAAGUCUUUUUUUUUUAACUUAAAUGUAUUUGCAGUAAUGUUAAUCAUUUUUAACCAACUCGCUUCUUACAUAACUAUUUUAUAUGGAACAAAACUGCAAAUACAUUAGGCAAACUCUUACAUUUUGCAGCGUUUUUCAAAACUACAUGGAUUUUUAUUGUUUAUACUACGUAAAAACGUUGCGGAGAAAAUUACUUUACAUGCUUGCGCGGUAUUUGUUUGCUCCCGGCUAGCACUACCGUUCCAGGACGGAGCUUCGCCUUUUUAGCAUAGACAAUACCAAAGGGCGAUGGCCCAGAUCUCCUCACAUUCCCAAGAGGCAACACAUGGGUCUGAAGACCUUACGCACAAACAGUGCAUUUUACAAUUAAACCUAAAGAUUUGUGAAUGAAUCUUCAUGUCAAAUAAAUGUGUAUUAUUGAAUGAA